AUGCGUCUUCCAUCAGUUCUCGCCGCAACGGCUCUAUUCUUUGCCUCCUCGUCGCAAGCGCUCAAUAUUUUGCUGAACAACGAUGAUGGAUUUGGCUCGGCAAACUUGCGCGAGCUCUAUCGGAUCCUCAAGGAACAGGAUCACAACGUCUGGGUUGUUGCCCCCGCGACAAAGCAGAGUGGCAAGGGCGGAACCUCUGAGUUUACGACCGAGGGAAACUUGACUGGACCAUCCCAUUACGACUUGAUCCCUGCGGGAGCACCCUCUGUCGGAAGUGAUCCCAAGGACAGCCAGAUCUGGUACUACAACGGAACACCUGCGGCCUGCACCUUUGUUGCGCUUGACUAUGUGCUCCCGCGUUAUGCCGAUUUCAAGGUUCCUGACCUAGUCGUCACGGGCCCUAACUUUGGAACCAACCUGGGUGGUUUCGUGUGGACUCUGUCGGGCACUGCUGGUGCUGCAUACGCUGCCACCCACCGCGGAAUUCCUGCCAUUGCCAUAUCCGCGAGCAACCAGGAGACUCCGUAUUUUGAGCUCACUAACCGCACCAACCCCGCGACCUGGGCUGCCGAAGUCUCUGCAAAGUUCGUUGAAAAGUUCAUUGGCACGGCGCCUAAACGCGCCCCCCUGCUGCCUAUUGGCUAUGGCAUCAACCUCAAUCUUCCCCUCUUGACCGACGGCGAUGACCUAGAGUUUGUACAAACUAGGUUUACUGGAAACGCCCAUGUCAAUGAAGCCGUGCUUGAUCCCAAAAAGGGAACCUUCACCUGGGCGAAUAUCAAACCAUAUGCUGCCGGCGUGAACGCUUGCAUCAACGGCAACUGCUCUCUGCCCGGCGAGACCUAUAUUGUCGAGAAUGGUGCGGCUUCAGUGUCCCUUUACACGGUUGACCACACUGCCCCUAGUACUUCAUACACACAGUCUCUUAUGAAGAGGGUGGCGUCUGUGAUAUCCGCUGCUUGA